AUGCAACAAUACUCCACAAACAGCACUUAUCGAUACCGGAUCGGCCAUCACUAUUAUACAUCAACACUUAUUAAAUCAUAUAUACCACAUGAAAAAUUAAUACCAAAAACAAUAAAUCAUUUAUCUGCAAAUUGCUCAACACUAAAUAUUAUUGGUGAGAUACCCUUAGAAAUAAAUGUUAAUGGCAUAAAAACAGCAAUUAUUGCUGAUGUUACAACCAAUCUUGUUACAAAUUUAAUAUUAGGUAGUGAUUGGAUCCAAGCAAACAAUGUUUGUAUACUUACACCAGAACAACGAAUUAUGAUCCGAAGUCGAGGUAAAGAAGUAUCAACUCCUUUUGUAAAACCACCUCUUUUAAAUUAUCCAGCUACUCUUAUUAAUCAUAUUACUCUUCCUCCUUUUUCAGGAAAAAUAGUAGAAGCAAAAGUCCAACCCAACAAUAUGACUAAUGUAUUACUUGAACCAAAUCCUCGAUUAAAAAAUGAAGCAUUAUUUACUGUAAAUGCAUUACUCAAUAUUGAAAAUAGAACAAUAAAAAUAAGUAUAAUUAAUGCAACCAAUCGACAACAAACGCUUUCCGAAGGAACCAAAUUAGGUAUAGUGACGCAAUUAUCUUCUACAAUUGGUGUUACCAUACCAUCAAAUUAUUUGAUAGAACGCAUUCUGGAAGGAAAAGCCUGUAAAGAGCUCAUUCCUGAAGGAAAAGGAGCGAACAAAUCAAAUAAAUUAAAUUGUAACAACAUACCAACUAUAGCAUCACAUGGAAAACAACAUCAAUGUCGUAAAUGUUAUCAACAUUUUGAUACUGGGAAUGAAUUAUUCAAGCAUCUUAGAAAUCAAUGUUAUCCUGAAGAAAUAAGACAGCAAAUAAAUAAAUUAACUGAACAUAUUAGCGAUGAUAAACAACGAGAACAAAUUUUUAAAAUUUUAUGGAAAUAUGGAAAUUAUUUGACAUUAGUGAACCAUCAAAAAUUGAUAUAA